AUGGGGCAACAGCAAUCGAAAGGUGAAUUGCUGUUUCAGCAAGUGAGUUACGGUAACGCUGAAGGGAUUCGAGCUCUUCGUCGAGAUGGUGCAGACCUCGAGUGGAUGGAUAGAGAAGGAAAAACGCCUUUGAUAAUGGCUUGCAUGAACUCGGAGCUAUAUGAUGUUGCUAAAACUUUGAUCGAAUUGGGGUCCAACGUUAAUGCUUAUCGUCCUGCUCGUCAUGCUGGGACUCCUCUGCACCAUGCUGCAAAAAGAGGUCUUGAGAACACUGUUAAGUUGCUUCUUUCAAACGGUGCAAAUCCACUUGUUCUCAAUGAUGAUUGUCAGACACCUCUUGAGGUUGCUAGAGUCAAAGGAUUCAGCAAUGUCGUGCGUGCAAUUGAGAGUCACAUCUGCUUGUUCUCUGGUUGGAUGCGUGAAUUUUAUGGCCCUACCUUUCUUGAUUUAUUUGCUCCUCAGUUUCUUUCGAGAAGAGUAUGGGUUGUUAUCGUACCAACUGGUUCAAGAAACCCUACAAAGCCUUUCAAGUUAGAGCUUGUUGUGUAUGCUAGUCUGCAGGAUGCACAACCACGCACGGUGAUGCCCUUAUGGAAAGCGAACUUGGAGGAACCGAAAGGAAAGCAGUCUGAUACUUCAGUGAUGAUUGUUGAUAACUCCACAAUCCCAACUCGCAGGAGGCAGAGACGAAGGGCCUGCGCCUCCCAUGGGAGACGUAGGCCUCAAGUAGUUAGGCAAACACGUCUUAAACUCGCGCCUUCGAUAGAAGGUGACAGACAACAGCUGAAGUGGUUUUGUGAUGCAUGUAAAGGAAUUCCACAGCCAAUGCAUCCACCGGUCUUUCUCCAAACAGCACCAUCUGCUCCACCACGAUUAGAAGAAUAUCAAGAAGUAACGGUGGCAAUGAACGCCUCUCUUCAUUCAACUAUGAGUGACACACCAAAUCUCAAUCACCAUUCCAUCGGUGAAGCAAGUUCCUCAGCUGGUCCGAGCUCAUCAACUGCACCUCCUCCUCCAUCAGGAAAAGCAAGUGCCUCGGGUUUCAAUAGCCAUGAAAGUGACAUUGUCCAAGAACCUUCACCAUCAGCUCCUCCAUUGACAGAUGAUGAUAUCACAGCGAUAGAGGAAGGUCCGAUCCAUUACCCAUCAAUUGAUUCAACACCUGUCGAUAUCCCAUCUCCUUCGCCUCUUCCAGCUUCAACAGAUGGUGAAAAGAAAGAAGACGGGAGCUCUGGACAGUGUGCAAUCUGUCUUGAUGCUCCUUCUGAAGCGGUUUGUGUCCCGUGUGGACAUGUCGCCGGAUGCAUGUCUUGCUUAACCGAGAUCAAAUCCAAGAAAUGGGGAUGCCCGGUUUGCCGCGCCAAGAUCGAUCAGAUUAUUAAGCUGUACCGCGUCUGA